CUCUCUGUCGUUAACACCUGUUUGUCCAUUACAGCAUUUUUAGGGAACGCUCUGAUCCUAGUUGCCCUUCACAAGGACACAUCAAUUCAUCUGCCAUCCAAACUGCUGUAUCGUAACCUAGCGAUAACCGAUCUUUGUGUUGGUAUCAUUGUCGAGCCUUUGUAUGUUGCUUAUAUGAUUUCUGUGGUGAACAAAAGAAGGGAUAUUCGCAAGUGUUACUUUGUGUUCAGUGUCGCUGAUAACACUGACUGCAAUAAGCGUGGACAGACUUCUCGCUUUGCUACUGGGUCUCAGAUACAGACAAGUUGUAACUUUGAAAAGAACACGUUUAAUUGCUAUUGGUGGUUGGAUUGUGUCCGUUGCCGAUGCAUCUACACCCUUUCUGAAUCUUCUUAUUUUUUCAUUGUACCAUUAUAUUGUUACAGGUUUUUGUUUAGUCAAUACAAUCUGUGCCUACAUAAAAAUCUUCAUGUCUCUGCCUCAUAACCAAAUUCAUGGUCAGAACCAUGUUGUUCAAGGGCAAUCGAGCCAAGUAAAUACACUGAAUAAAGCUCGAUACAGAAAGGCAGUGUACAGUGCACUGUGGGUGCAGGUAACAUUGGUUAUUUGUUAUCUGCCGUACGGUAUAGCUGUAGCUUUAACACCUCAAAGGGGGAUGCAUUUAUCUACUUACCUCGCUUUGCAAUUUACAGCUACCUUAGUGUUUUUAAACUCGUCGUUAAACCCGUUUCUGUACUGCUGGAAGAUCACAGAAGUGAGACAAGCUGUAAAAGAAACAUUACAACAACUACACUUCUGUAUCAACUAA